AUGAGCAUGGUAUCAGGCUUUGCCCCCCUCAUCACUGCUGGUAUAUUUGGAGCAACACUGUCCUCUGCUUUGGCCUGCUUGGUGUCUGCUGCUAAGGUGUUCCAGUGUCUGUGUAAGGACAAGCUCUACCCUCUCAUUGGCUUCUUUGGGAAAGGUUAUGGGAAGAACGAUGAACCACUCAGAGGCUACAUCCUGACUUACAUCAUAGCUGUCUGUUUCAUCCUGAUUGCGGAGCUGAACACCAUAGCUCCUAUUAUCUCCAACUUCUUCCUCUGUUCCUAUGCUCUCAUCAACUUCAGCUGCUUUCAUGCCUCAAUCACUAACUCACCAGGUUGGCGCCCAUCUUUUCAGUACUACAGUAAAUGGGCAUCGUUACUAGGCGCAGUAGUUUCCGUGGUUGUCAUGUUCCUCCUGACAUGGUGGGCAGCCCUCAUCGCCAUCGGCAUUGUCGUGUUCCUGUUGGGAUAUGCACUGUAUAAGAGGCCUGCUGUGAACUGGGGCUCAUCAGUGCAGGCCAGCUCCUACAACAUGGCUCUGUCCUACUGUAUUGGUCUCAACUUUGUGGAGGACCACAUCAAGAACUACAGACCACAGUGCUUAGUGCUCACGGGACCUCCCAGCAGUCGGCCAGCUCUAGUGGAUUUUGUCAGCUCUUUCACAAAGGGCCUCAGCCUCAUGGUUUGUGCUCAUGUGCUCAUUGAUGGCUGUCCAUCUAUAGCUGAGACAGCACGCAGCAGCAGUCACGUCACCUGGCUGAACCAACGCAAGGUUAAGUCCUUCUAUCAAGGUGUGGUAGCUAGAGACCUGCAAUCUGGAGCUAACAUUCUGCUACAGGUAACAUAA